AAACCAAUCACAGGAGCGCUUACAGGGAUUUAAACCGUGUGUCGUCAUCCACCCGAAAUUCAAACUUUAGAAAGAAACGACAGAGGAACAACAGCGUUGCUGCAGUGAAGUCCACGUUUCAUUUAAGAGACCGUGUGAAAACCUGGAUAAAAUGGCGCAGUUCGGGUUUGAGAACGACAUCCACAGUAUCCUGAAGCUGGAUAUGCCCAUCACAAACGCUCCCAUGGCGAGGUGGCAGAGAAAGGCCAGCUCUUCAAACGCGUCUGCGCUAAACGGCCUGUCGCCUGGCAAGUCUGCCAAUGUGUCUCUUAGCACAUCAAAAACGCCCAGCAAAACACCAGGCAAAAAUAAAAAACAAACGCCCUCUAAGAUGGGAGGCGACCGCUUCAUACCCACCAGAAACACCAAACAAAUGGAUGUUGCAAGCUUUCUGCUUUCUAAGGAGAAUGAAGCAGUGGACACCAACGAUCUAAAUGCAGACAACCAAAAGGCCAUGUCGAUGUCACUUAACGGAUACAACAUAGAAGAUGCAAAGAUCCUGCAUCUUGGAGGGAAGCCUCUGAAUGCUCCAGAAGGCUUUCAAAACAACUUGAAAGUCCUUUAUAGUCAGAGUGCCACUCCCGCCUCUGCCAAAAAGACAAGGUACAUAUCUUCAACUCCUGAUAGAAUCUUGGAUGCUCCGGAGCUUCGGAAUGAUUUCUAUUUGAAUUUGCUUGACUGGAGCAGCCGCAAUGUUUUGGCUGUGGCGCUUCAUAACUGUGUGUACCUGUUGGAUGCCUCUCAAGGAGAAAUCACUCUUCUAAUGAAGCUGGAACGUGAAGAGGACUACAUCUGCUCACUGUCCUGGACCAAAGAGGGAAGCUACCUCGCUAUUGGAACCAGUGACUGCAAAACUCAGUUAUGGGAUGUUUACAACCAGAAGCGUCUACGCAGCAUGGCCAGCCACACGGCCAGAGUUGUGAGCCUGAGCUGGAAUGACCAUGUUCUCUCCAGUGGCUCAAGAUCAGGACACAUCCACCAUCAUGAUGUGAGGGUGGCUGACCACCACAUUUCGACGCUCAGUGGUCACUCACAGGAAGUGUGUGGGCUGCAGUGGUCCCCUGAUGGGCGAUACCUGGCCAGUGGGGGCAAUGACAACAUGGUGUACGUUUGGCCCCGUGUGCAGGAUGGCGGCGCCAACCAGCCUGUCCACUGCUGGAGUGAACAUCAAGGAGCUGUUAAGGCUUUGGCCUGGUGUCCUUGGCAGCCAAAUAUCCUGGCAUCUGGAGGUGGUACCAGUGACCGUCACAUUCGCAUCUGGAAUGUAAACAGUGGCUCCUGCAUCAGUUCGCUUGACACUCAGUCCCAGAUUUCUUCCCUGGUGUUUGCCCCAAACUACAAGGAGCUGGUCUCCGCCCAUGGAUAUGCCCACAACAAUGUUGUUAUCUGGAAGUACCCCUCUCUAACCAGGGUUGCAGAGCUCAGUGGUCACGAGGAUAGAGUUCUCAGUUUGAUUCUGAGCCCAGACUUUUCCACUGUGGCGACUGUUGCUGGAGACGAGACCAUCCGUCUGUGGAAGAGCUUUGAAGUGGAUCCUAUUAAGAAGAAGGCCAAAGACAGGCUGGCCAAUUCAACCAGCAGUGUCAUUCACCAGUCUAUCAGAUGAUGUGCUUUGUCCCAAGAAGAGACUUAUGGCUCAUUCAGUAUGAGUUAUGGACAAAUGUUUUAUGUUAACCACAUUAAAGAUAUCAACCCAGUGUUUUAGCUGUAACUGGCAACUCCCUGCUGCGUUGUAUCGGGCUGUUGGUCUCAAUUGAUCAUACAGGAUUAGUGUUUUUAAGCAGAAAGUGUAUAUAUGGCCUUGCUUUUUAUUUUGUUAUUUAUAAAGUGGCCUUGGUUUUAAAUAAAUGGUUUGAUUACCUAAUGUUUUGUAAGUUACUUGGCAUGUUCUAGUAAUUCACAUAUACCUUUUUUUUUUUUUUUAAAUGUGUUCCUUAUCGUAACACUUACCAAACCACAUAUUUUUGUUCUUGCCCAAAAUGAAGCUUAGCUGUGGCUUUGGGUUCAACUUCUGUUGUCAAUGUCUGAUCACUUGGAUCCUUGUAUACUCAGAAACCGCUGUGCUUUUUCUCCAAACCGACUUGCUGUGUUUAUAGAAUUCACUAGAGGUCAUCAUGUCUGAUGUUAAACCAACACCUGCUGCAGGUGUUCCCUGAAGUUUAAGGGGUGUCACUUGGAUUCAUUUUAAUAAAGCAUGGUCACUGAUUCUUUAAUGAACACAACCAGUUUUUUCUCAAGCCCAGCAUCUGAAGGAAGUAGUUUGACUAAUGUAAUUCACAAACAAAACUAAUGUAUUGUCUGACUGGUUUUGUUGUAAACUAUAACCUUUGUAGCUGAUUGCUUGUCAUCUAAAGCUGUCGGUCAAUAUUUAGGAUUUACAGGAAUUGAUAACUACUGCAGUGACCUUUUCUCUCCUCAUGGUUAAUUGACAUGUUUUUAUCAACCUCAGUACGUGUGUGGAUAGCAUGACUCAUAGGCAACAAUGUUGGAAUCUGAAACCAGGGGGCACAGAUAAAAUGAUAAUGAUCACUAUGUGAUGCUUGGUGUCUUGUUUUUGUGGCAGAUGAUCUGCAGUUCAUCUUGAACAAACCUGCGCCAUUGCAUUACAUUCAUGUUUUAAGUUCUCUAGCGAAGAUCCACAAAAUAAACAUUAAGGUUUUAAUAUACAUUAA